ACGCCAUGCGAAUUGCUUCUCUUCUUCACCUCUGCAACCUAACAUCUUCUCUGUGUGAGUUCAAUUCCAAAAUGAAGCUUCAUCUUCUCAACCGAUGUCUAUUCUCAACAGCUAACCUUACAUCUAUGAUCAAAUUAAGAGCAUCUUCUUUUUCUACUUUUACAUCGAAACGCGAACAUGGUGUUUCCCUGGUGCAAGGAGCUUCAAGAGGCUUAGGGCUUGAAUUCGUGAAGCAAUUACUAGUGAAAAACUCACAAGAACAUGUGAUUGCUACAUGUCGAAACCCCAAUGGAGCAGCAGGAUUGAUUGAGUUAAAAAACAAAUUUUCUGAAAGACUCCAUAUUCAAAGGUUGGAUCUUACCACUGAAACCACAAUAGAGGAAUGUGCAAGGGACAUAGGUGAGAGACAUGGAUACUUAAAUCUUCUUGUUAAUGCAUCUGGUAUUCUUUCAAUACCUGAUGUUAUACAACCAGAAACAACAUUGACCAAAGUAGAGAGAUCAUCUUUGAUGCUUGCUUAUGAAGUCAACGCAGUGGGUCCUACUUUGGUGACCAAGCAUAUGUGGCCUUUGCUAAAGGCGGGAGGUGGAAGUGGGACCCAAAGAGAUGUUGCUGUUGUUGCUAACAUAAGCGCCAGGGUUGGGUCAAUAGGAGACAACCGAUUAGGUGGAUGGCAUUCAUAUCGAGCUUCCAAAUCUGCACUUAAUCAGUUGACGAAAUGUAUAGCUGUUGAAUUUGCAAGGAAGAAGGAUCCGAUUAUAUGCAUUCUGUUGCAUCCUGGAACUGUGGACACUGAUCUUUCUAAGCCGUUUCAAAAGAAUGUUCCAAAAGACAAACUUUUUAGUAAAGAAUUCUCGGUGGAAAGGUUGUUGGGGAUUAUCAAUAGCAGCAAGAGCCAUGAUAAUGGGAAAUUCUUUGAUUGGGAUCAUAAGGAAAUUACUUGGUGAUUGGGAAUUGAGGUAUUUGAUUAUGAGUUUAUGACUAAUCUUUUGGUUAUAUAUGGAAACAGAUCUCACUAAUACAUGUUGAAAUAAGGAUUUAUGACACUCAUUGAAAAGAUUUACAUUAUUUUAAUUUGUAUUUAACGUCAUGAGUCAUGACAUUUGCUCGUAUACAAUGUUUUUAAAUGUUGAGGAAUAAUAUUGUUGACAUGUCGUUUUGUUUUGUGACAUGAAACAAAUUGAAUUGGCUUUCAUUUCUUGUGUUCUUAGUUUUCAUAUUUUGUGUUAUCAGCUUUUGUGUUCGUG